AUGGGCACACCUAGGCGGAAGGGGCACUGCAGGAAUUGUGGCAUUUAUGGCCACUGGGCUGAGGAUUGCAAGAAGCCCAAGAAGGAGCGCAGAGAGGAAGCACAUCAUGCGCAGGCGGACGCCGAUCAGCCGGCGAUCCUCCUGGCCACGGUGAAUGUCGUGCACGUGCAUCCGCGUGAUGUUGAGCCCUGUGGAGGUCGUUCGACAUGCCAUGUCGUGCACCUCGACGAGAAGAAGGUGUUCCUUGCUGACCGCGAUGAAGAGAAGGACGCGUGGGUCCUCGACACCGGCGCUAGCAACCAUAUGACCAGGAGUCGCGAGGUGCUCACGUCGCUGGACACGUCGGUGGGAGGAACGGUGCGGUUCGGCGAUGGCUCACUCGUCGACAUCGAGGGCAUCGGCUCAGUGCUGCUGCAGACAAAGAAAAAUGGGCACAAGGUACUUUCUGAAGUAUACUAUAUCCCAAAAUUAAAGAGCAGCAUUGUUAGCUUAGGCCAAUUAGAAGAGGGGGGUUGCAAAAUUGUGAUCGAGGAGGGUUUUUGCAAUGUGUUUGAUGUCGAGCGGUCACUGCUGGCUCGAGCACCACGAGUCAAAAAUCGUCUAUAUUUGUUAAAGAUGCAGCUUGCAGCUCCAAUCGUUUAG